CCCGCCCCGGCCGCGUCCUCCGCGUCACCGGCUCCGCGGGGUGACCACAACAUGGCUGCGGCGCCGGCGCUGCUCUUCUGGCUGCUCCUGCUCGGGCCGCCUCGGCGGGUGCCGGGCCAGCCGGAGCAGGACCCCGGCCGGCGCUUCUCGCAGCUCAAACUCUGCGCGGACGAAGAAUGCAGCAUGCUAAUGUACCGGGGUGAGGCUCUAGAAGAUUUUACAGGCCCGGAUUGUCGUUUUGUGAAUUUUAAAAAAGGAGACUCUGUAUAUGUCUACUAUAAACUGGCAGGGGGAUCACCUGAAGUUUGGGCUGGAAGUGUUGGGCGUGCUUUUGGAUAUUUUCCAAAGGAUUUAAUCCAAGUAGUCCAUGAAUAUACUCAAGAAGAGCUGCAAGUUCCAACAGAUGAGACAGAUUUCGUUUGUUUUGAUGGGGGAAGAGAUGAUUUUGAUAAUUAUAAUGUCGAAGAACUUUUAGGGUUUUUGGAAUUGUACGAUUCUGCCACUGAAGAUUCUGAAGAAGUUAAAGAAAAAACUGCUCAGCGUGUGGAAGAACCUCCUGAAGCAUCUAAUGAAAGUGACGCUGAACCUGAGCCAGGAGAAGCCAGCUCAGAGGAAAGUGAAAGUGUAUUCUCAGAAAACACUGCCGAACUCAGGGAGAGAUCUGAGGCUCAGAAGAGCCACCCCCAGGUAAACAGUCAAACAGGUCAUGCUCAGGGAGAGCGAACUUCAUUCGAAUCUUUUGGAGAAAUGCUGCAAGAUAAGUUAAAAGUGCCAGAAAGCGAAAACAACAAAACCAGCAAUAGUUCUCAGGUCUCACGUGAGCAGGAGAAGAUCGAUGCUUAUAAACUUUUGAAAACAGAAAUGACUCUGGACUUGAAAACCAAAUUUGGCUCAACUGCCGACGCACUUGUAUCUGAUGAUGAGACGACCAGACUUGUUACUUCUUUAGAGGACGAUUUUGUUGAGGAUUUGGAUCCUGAGUAUUACACGGUGGGAAAGGAAGAAGAGGAGAAUAAAGAAGAUUUCGAUGAGCUGCCGUUGCUAACCUUUACAGAUGGAGAAGAUGCGAAAACUCCAGGGCACUCCGGAAUUGAGAAACACCCAACAGAGAAAGAGCAGAAUUCAAAGGAAGAGCAUAAAGUUGAGGAAACUCAGCCCCCAGGCAUCAAAAAGGGUGAUGAAAAGAUACCAAAACCCCAGGAAGAUACUAUCUUCUCUGAUGUUAUGGAAGGGGAAGAAAACGCAGACACAGAUGUAGAGAGUUCCGAUUCAAAGGAAGAGGGUGACCCAUUAGUCGUGGAUAGCAGAUUGGGGAAACCACGACCAGAAGAUCAUAUUGACCCUGAAAAGGCAGCAGACAGCCUUGUGAGUGUAGAAGUCCGCAAAGCAGACAGUGACCACGACCCAGAAGUGGGCGCAGGACUUCACAUGAAAGGCAAGGGGCAGAAAGUUGAGGAACCCAAGAGGGACUGGGUGCAGCACGAGGUAGGGCUAGAGGACGAGACGGAAGACCACCAGACUGUGCACGGGUCUUCUCAGAGUGGCCACCUCAGCUCUCCACCAGCUGCUGAAAAAAGCACAGAAAUAUUAAAAUCAGCCUUUGCUAACCAAGAGAAGGACCUGAAAGGAGCAGCCGUUCACAUCUCAAAAGAAAUGCUUCACGAAGAAAAGCCCUCUGGGCGGAGUUUGGAAGGUGCCUCAGAGAGUGACUCAGUCCCGCAGGCAAAAGCAGCGGGGAAUCAAGGGGAUGGAGGAAAGACGGAACAGGAAUCUGAGGGUGCGGCAGCACCCUUGGGUGAUCAUCAGCGUAAUGCUUCCAGAGACAGCGCGGGGGAAGUAGACGGUUCAAUAAGUGGACCUAAACCACAUGUGCUUUCAGGGGAGCAUCCGAGCGCAGAACUUAUAAAGGAUCGGCUUCUUAAACUUCAAAAUGCAACUAGGUUCUCCUCUCCAGAUGACAUGGGCUUGCCAGGAGGCCUGGAAGAAGAGGGUCCCGUUCUGGAACGAAAUCUUUCCUGGCAACAAGGAGGUGUGGCUGCCACAGUUAAUAAGCAAGUGAGCGAGAAGAGAAAGCUCUCUGAGGAAGAGAUCACCAGGGUCACCAAGGAUGCCUCGGAUGAAGGGCAGGAAGUAGGGAAAACAGGACAAACCGAUAGCACAGAAGGACGAGGCUUCCACCCAAAGGAACCAAACCCAGAAGAUGAAGAUUACAGCUCUGAAGAGCUCCUGGAGGAUGAAAAUGCUCUAAGUGCAAAGCAGUCUAAAGAAAAAAGCCCUGAGAUUCAGGAUAAGAGGUUAGAUGUUGACCUGCAAAACCCUGAAAAACCUGUUUCAGGUGCCAUUAAGACUGAUCCAGAAACUGAAAAAAACAAAGAAGAAACUAGUCAUAUGUCGGAAAAUGAAAGAACAAAUGAGACUGCAGGUAAAGGGGUAGACAGUCUGGGCAGGGACCCAGGUGGCCCGGUGGAGGAAAAAGAAGGACACUCGCCUGUGCAUCAGAAGGUACCAAGACCCUCUGACGGAAGUGACUUUCCUGGCAAGAAAGAAGAUCAGACUCCAGAGCUAGGGGAAGCGUCUCAGAAGAAAGAUCCUGAUUAUCUUAAAGAAGACAACCAUGAGGGCCACCCAAAGACCUCAGGGCUCACGGAGAAGCCUGGGGUAGAACCCUCGAAAGAGGACGACAAGGAUGCAGAGAAAUUCGUGGACCUGGGAAGCCAGGGGUCUGCUUCCGAGGACCAUGACGAUGACCCGUUCCCCUGGGCUCCACAUGCCCCCGUGCAGCCUGAGGAGAGUGUCCAUUCGGAGGGCUUGCCCAUAAUCAGCAGCUUCUUUAAAGAUCAGCAGUCUCUGCAGCGAUUCCAGAAGUACUUUGACAUCCACAAGCUGGAAGCCAUGUUCCAGGACAUGUCAUCCAAGCUGAAGUCAGCGCAGCGUGAGAGCCUGCCCUAUAACGUGGAGAAAGUCCUUGAUAAGGUCUUUCGUGCUUGGGAGUCACACAUUCUGACGGAGGCAGAGAACAUGCUCGAUGCUCACGCGAUGGAAAACAGAGACCUGGAAACGAAGGACAGUAGCAUGUUUGAGGAGGCUGCGGUGCUCGAUGACGUUCAAGACCUGAUCUAUUUCGUCAGGUACAAACACUCCACGGUGGAGGAGACUGCUCCCCCGGCAGCGGCACAGCCUGUAGAGGGAGGCUGGGAUGGACCAGCGGAAGACCCGCAGCCACCACUGGAGGAGAACUUCCCACAGGAGCACACGGAAGUUCCUCUGAUGCAGAUUCCCAAAGAGCCCGACCAUUUGGCUCAACCCAGGACCAGGGACAUGGGUACCUCAGGAGUCACCCAGAAGCCGCAAACAGAGGAAGAUGGAGACCCAGGGAUAAUUACACCAGAAGGCACUCCUGUCGAUGCUGUUGAUGCCCAAAAGCAGCUGGCAACAAAUACUGAAGAACCAGCAAGUGUCACGCCUCUGGAAAAUGCAAUUCUCUUCAUACACUCACUCGUGUUUCAUUUAACUAAGAUGCUCCUUGCUACAUUGCCUGAUGAUGUCCAGCCUGGGCCUGACUUUUAUGGACUGCCAUGGAAGCCUGUACUUAUCACUGCCUCCUUAGGAAUUGUUUCAUUUGCCGUUUUCUUCUGGAGAACUGUCCUUGUAGUAAAGAGUAGAGUAUAUCAAGUCACUGAACAGCAAAUUUCUGAGAAGUUGAAGACUAUCAUGAAAGAAAAUGCAGAACUUGUACAAAAAUUGUCAAGUUAUGAGCAGAAGAUCAAGGAAUCAAAGAAACAUGUUCAAGAAACCAAGAAACAAAACAUGAUUCUCUCCGAUGAAGCAAUUAAAUUUAAGGAUAAAAUCAAGAAUCUUGAAGAAACUAAUGAAAUUCUGGGAGACACAGCUAAAAGUUUACGUGCUAUGUUAGAGUCUGAGAGAGAACAGAAUGCUAAGAAUCAGGACUUGAUAUCAGAAAAUAAGAAAUCUAUAGAGAAGUUAAAGGAUGUUAUCUCAGUGAAUGCUUCAGAAUUUUCAGAGGUACAAAUUGCCCUUAAUGAAGCUAAACUUAGUGAAGAGAAAGUGAAGUCUGAAUGCCAUCGGGUUCAAGAAGAAAAUGCUAGACUUAAGAAGAAGAAAGAGCAGUUGCAGCAAGAAAUCAAAGACUGGACUAAAUCACAUGCUGAGCUCAGUGAGCAAAUCAGAUCAUUUGAGAAGUCUCAGAAAGAUCUAGAAGUAGCUCUCACUCACAAAGAUGAUAAUAUUAAUGCUUUGACUAAUUGCAUUACACAGUUGAAUCGGUUAGAUUGUGAAUCUGAAUCUGAGGAUCAAAAUAAAGGAGGAAGUGAAUCAGAUGAAUUAGCAAAUGGAGAAAUGGGAGGUGACCGGAGUGAGAAGGUGAAAAAUCAGAUUAAGCAGAUGAUGGACGUUUCUCGGACUCAGACUGCAAUAUCAGUAGUUGAAGAGGAUCUAAAACUUUUACAGUGUAAACUCAGAGCCUCCAUGUCCACUAAAUGUAACCUGGAAGACCAAAUAAAGAAAUUAGAAGAGGAUCGCAGCUCACUUCAGUCUGCCAAAACUGUGCUGGAAGAUGAAUGCCAAACACUAAGGCAGAAAGUAGAGAUUCUAAAUGAACUCUAUCAGCAGAAGGAGAUGGCUCUACAAAAGAAAUUGAGUCAAGAAGAGUAUGAGCGGCAAGAAAGAGAGCAGCGGCUGUCAGCUGCAGAUGAAAAGGCAGUUUUGGCGGCAGAGGAAGUGAAAACUUACAAGCGGAGGAUUGAAGAAAUGGAGGAUGAACUACAGAAAACAGAGCGCUCAUUUAAAAACCAGAUUGCUACUCAUGAGAAGAAAGCUCACGAUAACUGGCUCAAAGCUCGUGCUGCAGAAAGAGCUAUAGCUGAAGAGAAAAGAGAAGCUGCCAACUUGAGACAUAAACUAUUGGAACUAACCCAAAAGAUGGCAAUGAUGCAAGAAGAACCUGUGAUUGUAAAACCAAUGCCAGGAAGACCCAACACACAAAACCCUCCACGGAGAGGUCCCCUGAGCCAGAAUGGCUCUUUUGGCCCAUCUCCUGUGAGCGGUGGAGAAUGUUCCCCACCGCUGACAGCAGACCCACCCGCAAGACCUCUGUCUGCUACGCUUAAUCGGAGAGAGAUGCCUCGAAGUGAAUUUGAUCCAGAAUCCGGUGCUGUUCCCACGGUGAACAGCAGCUCCAGAAGCUCUUCACCUUCUAAGGUGAUGGAUGAGGGCAAGCAAACUGUUCCCCAAGAGCCUGAAGGCCCUUCAGUUCCCAGCAUUCCUUCUUUGGCUGAGCAUCCAGUAUCAGUUAGUAUGGCUGCAAAAGGGCCCCCUCCCUUUCCAGGGACACCCCUCAUGAGCUCCCCCGUGGGAGGCCCUCUACUGCCACCCAUCCGAUAUGGACCACCUCCUCAACUCUGUGGGCCUUUCGGACCUCGGCCACUUCUUCCACCCUUUGGUCCUGGUUUGCGUCCACCGCUAGGCUUAAGAGAAUAUGCACCAGGUGUUCCACCGGGAAAACGGGACCUGCCUCUCGACCCUCGAGAAUUUUUACCGCCAGGACAUGCACCUUUUAGACCUUUAGGCUCUCUUGGCCCAAGAGAGUACUUUUUUCCUGGUACCCGAUUACCACCCCCCCGUCAUGGGCCCCAGGAUUAUCCACCUUCCUCUGCUGCAAGAGACUUACCACCCUCCAGCUCCAGAGAUGAGCCCCCGCCUGCCUCUCAGGGCACUAGCCAGGACUGCUCACCGGCUUUAAAACAGAGCCCAUAACUGACCUUGGACAUGCAGUCUGAGAGAGAGUGGACCGUGCACUAUUCGUUACAGUUAAGGUUUUCAUUGGCUUCAAAAUCCAAAAGCUGAUUUUAAAAGGUUUGUUUUUAAAUCUAAGCUGCCCUGGCAGUGUGCAUUUUUGAGCCAAGCAAUUAAAAAAAUAUCAUUUCCCCCUAAAAUAAAAAAACACCUUGUAAGCUGGAGCCUCCUUACAACUUUGAAAUGUGCAAUAAAAAAAUACCUGUGUUUUAGUUCAUGUAGCGUAUGUUACUGCUAAAUGAUUUAGAAUGUUGUGAAAAGUAUGAACAUUUCCUGUGGAAAUGCUAUAAGAACAUGUAUUUCCAUUUAUUAUCCUGUUUUUAGUGUACACCAGUUGAAUAUAGAGCAAUGGUAUUUAUAAGCUUGAUUUUUAAAAAAAUAUCUGGUCGCAAAGGCUGUUACGCUAAAAAUGUUUACUUAAAGAUCACUAAAAUUUUAUCUCCCCUCUUGCUUAAGUUCUUUGUAGUAAUAGUUCAUAAAAAUUUGGUUAUUAAUAUUUCCCACGUGUCUGUGGAUUCAUUGGAUUGUCUUCUCCUGAGAUUUAUACCACUUUGGAAGCACGUAAACUCAGGCUCCCAAAACUGAAGCUGGUGACUUGGCAGCAUCCUCCCCUGGCCCGCUGCUCAGGCAUUCAGCCGCAGUCACCGGGAAGCGUCACAGCUGAGGCCUGCCUCCCACUUCAGAGACGCCACCAGGUCUAUCUGGACAGCAGGUGCGUUUUCUCGUGACUAUGAUUGGUUUUGACUUAAAGAGUGGUUUUCUGAGUAUGAGUUUACAUGUAACGAGUUGCUUAACCUGAUGUUCUGUUGCUUUUACUGUCGUUGUGUUAAGGGUGCGUAACAGAAAAAUGAAAAUGAUGCGUUGCGACCAUAAAGUAAGAUUUCUUUUAA